AUGACUUCCAACAUAGAUGAUAAGAGCGUCCAAUUUUUGGAUGUGGAAAUUCUGAUCAUCAACCACAAAUUGGAGUACAAACACUUCACCAAACCAACUGACUGCAAUACCAUUUUGCACUUCGAGAGUUUCCACCCCAGACAUCUUAAGGAGUCAUUACCUUAUUCGCAAUUCUUGAAGGUCUUACGUAAUAACUCUCAAAGCCAACAAUGUGACCAACAGUUAAAAAUCAUGUAUCAAAAAUUUCAAUCUAGAGGAUACCAAUAUACCAUUCUUGAUGAUGCCAUGACAAAAGCAAAAAUAGCCUUCUCUUCACUGCCGACUCAAAUCAUGAAAGUUGCCAAGACUAGACCUAUCUUCCCCAUGCAAUUCAAUACGGCGAGCUCGGAACUGACAAAAUCAAUUCGCCACAACUGGAAUAUACUGGAGCUGGGCCCUACUCUCCCCGAAGAGCUCUGUCAGAGACCAAUGUUUUGCUACCGACGCAAUAGGAAUUUGAGGGACCUUUUGGUUAAAACCGACCCACAACACUGCUACAGUCCCAUUAAAAAAGAAAGCAAGAAUGCUGGAUGUGUAAGGUGUUUGGGAUGUGUAACAUGCGGACACAUCAUCCCUUCAAAAACCUUUAGUCAUCCCUACACAGGCAAAAUCCAACAUCGAAUCCAUUGUCGGACUGAAUUUGUCAUCUUUAAGUUGACAUGCCCUUGUGGCCUCAACUACAUAGGCAAAACAGAGAUGGCGCUCUGUGAGAGAAUUAAAGGGCCACAGAUCUAG